UUCGGUUUCGGCUGUCAAAACGGCUAGUCUGCGGGGAAUAAGCUUCCUAAAGUCCGUCCCGUCCCUUGUGAAGGACGCCUGAAAGCGUGGGGCGCGAGUUCCCGACCGAGCCUCGGUUACGUCUUGGUGACGCAGUGACGUGCUUGUCUUUUUCUCCUUUACAAACAACGUUUUUGGCCAUUGCGUACUGAAUUCCAUCAAAGCACGAACAAUUAAUUCAUCGCGAGGCUAUUGUUCAGUGAGAGAAGCACUGGCGACGAGACUACACACGACAGCAGAUUGCAACAUCACGACUCAACACGCCGCAUCCGUCUGACAGCAGACACACAAAUAUACACAUAAUCCGAGUAGCAGCAAUGCCUGAAAAGACAGCCUGGGACGAGCGAACGACGCUGCUGCGUCCGCCACCCAACGAUGAGAGCAAGGCGCCUAUUGAGAAUGUGCUCGAGGUGACGGAGCUGGGCGUGCUAGGACCCGACAUCUUCACAAACACCAGACGACAGUGGCUCCCCCCCGGCGCCCGCGGCAUCUACGGCGGCGCGGUCAUCGCGCAAUGCCUCGCCUCUGCGCAAAAGACAGUCCCCGACGACUACCUCGUGCACUCAUGCCACUGCUACUUCCUCCUCGCGGGCUCCGACACCAUCCCGAUCCUCUUCCACGUCGAGCGCGUGCGCGACGGCCGCUCCUUUGCGACACGCACCGUCCAGGCCAAGCAAAAGGGCCGCUGCAUCUUCACCACAACCGUCAGCUUCGUGCGCGAAGGCAGCGCCGGCAAGGGCCAAGUGCACCACGCCGCACCCCUCCCCGACGGCAUCAAACCCCCACCAGUCGACUGGGACGGCGAGCCCGACUGGGCGCGCUACGGCCCGCUGCAGAGCCACCGCAUGGAGGUGACGCGGCUGCACGACAAGACGGCGCGCCCCGACGAGCGCAAGGCACGCCAAUGGAUCCGCGCGCGGGGCAAGAUGUCCCCUGGAGCUGGCCACCAGGCGCAUCUGGAGGCGCUGGCGUACAUGUCGGACAGCUAUUUCAUCGGUACGGUGUCGCGCGUGCAUAAGCUCUGGCGGUUCCCGUUCCAGCCGGAGGACGUGGACGGGCUGCCGGAGGAGACCCGCAAGCAUGUGAUGGAGUUGACGGAGUUUGAGGGCAUGGGGUCGUCGCUGGACGAGUGGAAGGGCAGGCCGCAGGUGGGCAUGAUUGUCAGUCUGGAUCACAGCAUCUACUUCCAUGAGCCGCGGCGCGUCAAGGCCGAUGAGUGGAUGUUUGUGGAGAUGCAGAGCCCGUGGUCGGGUGAUGGUCGAGGCUUUGUCUUGCAGAAGGUGUAUGCGUCGGAUGGCACGCUGCUGGCGAGUUGUGUGCAGGAGGGUGUGUUGAGAUUGGCCAAGAAUGGCGAGGAGAAGGGUGGUAAGCUGUAAGACGUAGAUAUGCGGGUUUGUUUCUUGCUGUGUAUAAACUGAGUUAUGGUAUGACUUUCACGUUUUAUAAUAACAAAACAUGGUUCUCUUUUGU